AUGACAGACCAAGCCAACAUUCAUGAGAAAGGAAACCCACUCGGCGAAGAAAACGACAACGUUCGAAACCCUGCGGAGCAAACAGGAGGAAUCCCUGGAGAAAACGCUGGGGCUGAAGCCGGCCAAACUCUCGCAGCCGUAGGAGGUUUCGGAACUGAACUACUGCUCCAAGUGUUCAACGCUCAGUUCGAGGCCAUUAACAAAAGGAGCGAAGAAUGCUUCAGUCAGAUGGCAGCACAAAUCGCCGAGCUCAGUCAAGCACGAACUCCACUUCGAGUUCGGAACAUCAUCGACGACCUCAAUACUGAUGGUGAUCCAGCCGGAACUAUGAGGUCCACUGCUGUCAGAUCAGCGAACGCACCAGCACCGGAUCUAAGUCGCGACGCCGAAUUCGAGGCGAUGAAGGCACAACUUCGCGAGAUCACUUCAAAAAUUCAUCAAGCAACAAGCGUGGUUCCAGAGAUCGAGCGCGUCAUUCAGGAAACACAAAAGACACCCUUUACGCCGCGCAUAGCAGGAACGCCGGUCAAACAUAUGGAGAAACUCAAGAUGAAGAUCUAUGAAGGCAAUACUGAUCCCUGGCACUUUUUGACAUCAUUUGGCAUCUGCAUGAAUCGAUAUCAGUUCAAAUCCGCCGAGGAGAGUCUAGGAGGAGUAGCUCUCGACUGGUUCUCACGACUCGAGGCGAACUCGAUAGAUAACUAUAAAGAGUUGACAACGGCCUUCGUUAAACAUUUCUCAAUGUUCAUCAGACAGAACACCAAGAACUCCGAGCUCUGGCAAAUAGCCCAAGGAGCAAGCGAGAGCCUUCGUGAUUUCAUCCAGCGCUUUAAGACGAUUGUCGCCAAUUGUACGAUCAGUGAUGAAGCCGCCCUCUUAUGUCUUCAGAAAGGAGCUCAGAUAAAGACUAGCUUCCGGAGCGCGAUUACACACAACCCCCCACAGACGUUGGAGGAUGCAUUACACCGAGCUAAUACUUACAUCACCGAAGAAGAAGAAGAGGACGCUUAUGAGCAAAACUAUUCGGCAAAGCAGCCCGAACGUUCAAAAGCCACCACUAACGAACCACAGUCAGGCUAUAGCAGAGGGUACGAGAAUCGCAAGAAGUUCUACGCUAAUGCAAUCCAGCAACCAACCAGGCGUCUGCGAGAAUACUUGCUCGCGCAAUACCGAAAAGGGCAAAUCUCGCUUGACGAUCUCCGUCGCCCAAACAUUCCAAGAAGCAAGUCGCCUCGACCGAAUAACAUACAACCCGAGAACACCGUCGCCAAAGAUCCACCAACUCCACCAGCUUUACCAUUAACGCCGCGUCCACCGAAUCCACCUGCUUUACCCGAACAACCGAAGCGCUAUCAUGACGACCGUGCCCAAGAAAAUCAUGCCCCCAAAGCAAGGAAACGUGUCAACAUGAUAAUGGGAGCCAUAGAAGCUUGCAGCUAUUCGGUUCGGGCUAUCAAGGAAUACAGUAGACAGGCCGCCACCGCGCCCAAACUCCUGCAUGAUCCACCGAAGGGAACGCCUUUGAUAUUCACCGAAGCCGACACAAUCGGAUUGCAUAAACCGCAUAACGAUGCCCUCGUCGUCAAACUACUUCUCGACGAUGUUGAAGUUAGUCGCAUUCUGAUCGAUACAUGCAGUUCGGUCAACAUUAUCUUCAAGGACGCACUUGACCAGCUCGACAUACCAUCAGACAAGAUUGAACCCUUUAUCGAGCCACUCACAGGGUUCGACGGCGAACGUUGCAUGACGGUCGGCACGGUCAAAAUCCUGAUCUACCUCGCCGGAGUCGCGAAAAUCAUCCAGUUCGUCAUUCUUGACAAAUCAGCGAUCUACAAUGCCAUUCUCGGUACGCCAUGGCUACACGCGAUGAAAGCAGUGGCCUCAACGUACCACCAGUGCCUGAAGUUCCCAACUCCUGACGGUGUUUACACUCUCCGAGGAAACCAAGCAGUCGCUCGAUCGUAUUACAUAAACGAGUGCAAGCUUCGUUCGGCCAACCAAGCCUAG